AUGUCGUUCGUCAUCCGCCGAGGCGUGUCAACUCUGGUUCCUCCUAAGGCAAGUGCAAAUCUUCCCCAGCUUGCUUGUAACCAUAUUAACGUCUCGUUACAAAAGGUUGCAAACCCAUCUGGGCUCGGAGCUGCUGCAAAUGCACAGCGCAUGGCCAAAAUUGCCAAGUUUUACGAACAAUUACCCAAAGGGCCUGCGCCGCAAAGAGCACCUAGUGGACCAUUGGGCUGGUAUCAAGCAAAAUACUUCGGCAAGAACCCAUCUGCUGCCCCAAUCUGGCACGUCAUUUUCGGCAUCAUGACCUUGGGCUAUAGCAUGGAAUACUACUUCCACCUGAGACAUCACAAGAACAAUGCUCAUUAA